CAUGACCCAAGGUCUGAAAUCCUUUCCUGAAACUGAAACUUUCCACUCGACCAAAAUUAUGUUCCCAUCUAUUCUUCCCUCUUUUCGAAAGUGAAAACCCUAAAUUGAAAUGUUUCCCUUCAAGAAGGAGAUGGCAGCUAUGUUAAUUUCAAGACUUCCGGAAGAGAUUCAAGUGGAAAUCAUUCUGAAAUUAUCAGUGAGAUCAAUCUUGUCUUGUAAGUGUGUAUGCAAACUCUGGUUUAAUCUAAUUUCUAGCCCUAAAUUUAUCAAUAAUCAUCUUCAUCUUAGUAUUCAGAAUAAGAACAAUCAUAAGCUCAUGUUUAUUGAUAAGGAAUCGGUUACUGGUAAGCCUUUGGUGUAUUCUAUAGAUUUUGCUUCAAUAUCAUCUUCACCAGAUUUAUCAUGCGAGUAUAUAGGUAAUGAAGCUAUUCUCAUGGAUUACCCAUUUGAAUACAAGGAAGGUAUGGAAAUUAGGAUUUUGGGUGCUUGUAAUGGUCUUUUUUGCUUUUAUAUCUCUAUUGAUACAGAGAUUAGCAUUUGUAUUUGGAACCCAACAACUAAAUAUAAAGAAAUUCGACAUUGUGACUUUCAUAUCAAUCCCAAGCAUCCUUCUAGAGCCAGGUUUGGUUAUGAUAGUAAAACUAGAGAUUACAAGUUGGUAAGAAUUGCGGAGUUUCAAAAAUCUGAUUACUGUAAAAUUGAAGUAUAUACAUUUGGAUUGCAUUCGUCGAAAACUGUUCAUACCUUUCCUUACAAUUAUCCAAGGCAUGUAGCAUUUGGCGGUGUUUUUCUCAAUGGAGCACUUCAUUGGGUAAGCAAUCUGUGGAAGCAAGAUAAUCCCAGUAAUAUAGUGUCUUUUGAUAUUAGUAAUGAGAAACUCAUGGAAGUGCUAUUGCCAGAAAAAAGUAUAAUACAUCCGGAAGUUAGCAGCCCGAGAUUGUUUAAGAAGGUCGGAGUACUGGGAGAUUGCCUUAGUCUAGUUUUUGUCGAUACGAAGCUGAUUCGAGCUGAAGUUUGGGUACUGCAGGAAUAUGGAGUGAGAGAAUCUUGGACUAAACUGUUCACCACUACUCAAACACCAAUCACCCGUUAUCCUUUCUGUGUGCCGGUGAUGUCACUUAAAAAUGGUGAGGUUUUGAUGUAUACCCAUGACGGUUUUGUUUUAUGCGACCCAAUGAAUGAACGAGUUGGGAAGGUGAGCAGUUUUUUUCAAAAAAUCACAUUUCGAGUCCGUAUCGACACUAUGAUGGUGACUCAUCCUGAGAGUUAUGUCGAUAGUCUGGUUUCGCUCAACUAGGUUACUUAUGUGAAGAGGCCUAAGGGACAAAUAGUGAGCUCGUUGGUAGGCAUAUACUGUGUCAUGGGGUUAAGGCUCUCUGUUUCUCCGCCGACAGAUUUUAGUUUAAUGCAACAGAACAGAUUUUGCUUGAUAUGCAUAUUGCAAACCUGAUGCUGGUAGCUUUACCACCGUGAAGUAGCAGGUUCUAUUCAUGAGAUGUCGAAUAAAAAAUCUGCUGGUGGUGGUGGGGAUGUGGUCCACUCUGUGAAGGUAGUGGGGGUUAUGGUGGACUCCGUAUACCCUGUGUAAGCUGUUUGUGGCGGGGGUAGGGGGAUACGGUGGGUGUUGUGUAGGUGGUAAGGCUGGUAGCAGUGGAUAUGGUGGUGGUGGUGAUGAUUCUGUUGGAAAUGGGAGGAACUAGGAGUUAGUGUUAGAAUGAUGGUCUGACGUUAUGUGUUCUGGUUCAUAUGGUUAUUUUGCGCUGGAAUUCUCUCUGAUUCUCUCGAAUUAAAUUUUCCUCUUUUGAUCCCUGGUUCUACUUAAGUCUUUAGGUUUUCAGAAAUGCAAAUUGUUGGUGCAAUGUGAAAAUAUGGGGAUUCUACUGCUAGUAACAGGACUCAGUUGCAUUCAAAGAAAACUUUAGAUUGGUCUUAUGUCAGUUUCAUGCUGGAUCUUUGUAUUUUAAGAACCAUCAAAUGUUUUUCUUGUUUCAGUUA